AUGUGUAUGCCAGACUCAAAUAAUUUUCUGAACACUCUUGAAGACACAGAACAAUUAGAAAUUAAUUUAUCAGAAUCAAGAAGAAGUUACCCCCGCCCCAAUACCUGGGAAAUUAACCAGGAUUGUACAAGAUAUAAUCCAGCCUUGUGGACCAUUGACUUAGACGACUAUUCCUUCAUAUACUGGGAUAACCUACUAAGAGAAAUUACAGAAAGUUCUCAAACAGAUACCCUGAUGCUUACGAAGAUAUUUGAUCUACCAUUGGGAAGACUCAAAAAGAAAGAAGAGCCUGAGACACAUGGAA